AUGCAAGUUGCUUUCAUUGUCCUCUAUAUAUUUAGCGUUUUAUUAGAUUUAUCCGGGGCGGCCGACAUUUUAAAGGAUUUCUUCGACAAAUCAAGAAAAGAAAUUGAAAGAUUUACACACGUUACAUUAAACGACACAUCCGAAGGGACGGAAAAAGUGGAAGAGUGGGUCAAAGACGAAUGGAGCGAAUGGAUGACUGAAAUGCAAAUGGACUGGGAAGAAUUCACCAGCUCCCUGGAAAGCGAAAAAAACAAGUGGUUUGGAAAAAAAGAAGAAAUGAUAGAAUUUAUCAAGUCCAUAGAAGAUAAAUGGCUCCAUUUUAUUCAAAAUAUGCAUGAAAUGCAUAAAUUUGGUAUUUUAAAAAUUUCCUCAAUGUGGAACUAUUCUGAGUGGCAAGAAUGGAUUCACAAAGAUGGCAAACGUAUUAUAGAAGCCCAGUGGGAUAACUGGACCACUUCAAAUAAGACCCUUUACUAUAAACUUAUUAUGAAAGAAUGGUUUAAAUGGAAAAACCAAAAAAUUAAACAGUGGCUUAAACGUAACUGGAUAUAUCAUGAAGGGAGAAUUUUACAAAACUGGGAACGUAUGCCAUACACUAAAAUUUUAGCUAUGUCUGAGAAAAAACCCUGGUUCAAUUCGAAUGCACAAAUCAUGAAUGAAAGGGACUGCUUUCUCAACUGGAUUAAGAAAAAGGAAGAUUUUUUAGAAAACGAAGAAAGCGAUAAGUGGGAAAAUUGGAAAUACUACAAAAAUGAUUUCUUUCAAAAAUGGAUGGACUCCUUUCUUAGCUACUGGCUAAAUAUAAAGAAACAGGAUAUAUUGCAUAACCAAUGUUAA